UUCUGUGUAUAAUAUAUAAAGCGUUCUAUUUUCUAAUAAUUAAUAAUGUAUGUGACGCCGAAUGUAAUUACAAGUUGAAUUAAAUGAAGAUUAAACGAUUAUUUGGAAGAGAGAACUAUUUUCAUGUGGAAUAUAUCACAAGUUACCAUAACGAAACGAACAUUUUCUACAUUAAAGGUCUUAAAUUUUGCAAAAUAAUCUAUGAAUAUAUCUUUGACUAGAUUUGUGCGUAUUUAAAAUAAGACUAAUGUAUUUAACGCGAUCACUGUUUCAACAAUCUGUUUUUAUACUGAAGAGGCGUUCUCUUCUCCCCUCUAUCUUUUGUCCAUGAUGCGACCCCCGCUCAUAUGCGUCAGCAUUUACGCGUUCUACGUUUAGUCUGCUGAAGUCAUUCAGUCGGUUAUUCUAACGUUGCAAUGGAAUUAUUUUCAUCUAAACUUUCGCUGCCUUUUGAGUUGUUACUGGUGACUCUAAUCAUAAUCGGCAUUCUAAAAAUUGUCUCAGUAGUGCGUCAUGUAUACUUUCAUUGGUGGGAUAAAGAUGUUCUUUAUUUGCCCAAUUUAUACUCUUUUGUUAUGACUUUGAAAGUAUUUCUGCGUCGUAUCACUUUAGUCGACUUUACUUUGUUCAUGUACAAUUACUUCCCAGACGUUAAGUAUUAUGGAUCGGUUUUUGGUGCACCUGUCGUGUUUUUGCGCGAUCCUGAACUGAUCAAGGAUAUUAUGGUAAAAGAGUUUGAACAUUUCCAUGAUCAUCCAGGCUUCGACGAAAGCCUAGAUCCGCUAUUAAGUAAAAACAUCUUUACUUUGCGCGGAGAUCGAUGGAGAGAAAUGAGAAACAUGUUAAGUCCUUCUUUCACCGCCAGCAAGAUGAAGAUCAUGUUCGAUUUGAUAUCAAAAUGUUCUGGUGAAUUCGUCAAUUACCUGGUCGAUCAUCCGGAGCUCUGCGAUUCGAUCGAGACGAAGCAGAUCUUUAGACGAUACACCACUGACGUAAUCGCAACAACGGCUUUUGGCAUAAGCGUAAAUUCUAUGAAAGAUCAAAACAACGAAUUCUACUUGAAGGGAAUAGAGUCCACCCAAAUUUUCAGCCGAUUGUUAUCUAUGUUCAAGUUCAUAUUUAUAAUAAUACUUCCACGUGUUGCCAAGUUGGUCGGUGUGACUGUAUUUCCAUCGUCUGUGUCCGAUUUUUUUAAGAGAAUUGUUGGAGAAACUAUCAGAACUCGAGAGGAGCAAGGUAUCGUUAGACCUGACAUGAUCCACUUAUUAAUGCAGGCUCGGGAGAAGGACGGUACUGGCAAUGAAAAAAUAUCGCUGGACGACAUUGUUUCGCAAGCUUUUAUCUUUUUUUUCGCCGGUUUUGAAACAUCAUCGUUACUGAUGUGUUUCGUCACUCACGAGUUGGCGAUUAAUCAAAAUAUUCAAGAUCGCCUGCGCGAGGAAGUGCUGCAGCAUCUCGGUGAAGGAAAUGAGAUAUCUUACGAAUCGUUAUCGAAGAUGACUUAUAUGGAUAUGGUACUGUCUGAGACACUUCGAAAGUAUCCAGCAAUGGCGUAUACCGAUAGAAUUUGCACUAAGAAUUUUGAACUGCCUCCGUUGAAGCCGGGUUACAAAAGCGUGAUCGUCGAAUGUAAUAUCUUAAUGGUGAUACCCACUUAUGCUAUACAUCAUGAUCCCAAGUAUUAUCCGAAUCCGGACAAGUUCGAUCCCGAAAGAUUUAGUGAAGAAAACAAAAAGAAAAUCGUUCCAUAUACUUACUUACCUUUUGGACAAGGUCCUAGAAAAUGUAUCGGCAAUCGAUUUGCUCUCAUGGAGACUAAGAUUCUGGUGGCUCAUCUCUUACAAAAAUUUAUCCUCAAGAGAACGGAAAAAACUGUGGAGCCUAUCGUAUUUGAUAAAAGAGGAUUAAAUCUGCAAUCGAAAGACGGAUUCUGGAUCUGUUUGGAGAAUAGAGAAGCGCAAUGAACUUUAGAAAUACAAUAAUUGUUAUCUUAUAAUUAUAAAGGAUUGAUGCAUUUACAACUUUUAAGAUGUUUAAUCGUUUCUAAUUUCUUAUAUUUUAAAAAUGAUUGAAGUUUAAGAUUUAUUUACGAUACACCUCAUAUACUAUCGUGCCAUUUGAAUAUUAAAUUAAUAUAGUAUAUUAUUAUUAUAAUAUUUAAUUAUA